GUUACUUGUCAGUUUACCGGUGCUUACGUCGAUGUUUUUGUAAAUGUAGGGUCCAGUUUGAUCAGUUAUUUAUUCUUUUUUCCCAUUCCCUCCCUUAGUUAAAUUUUGAAAUGAAGAAGAAUUCUUCGUCAUUCUCAGGAUGGAAAAGUUUAAUAGUUUUUACUGUUCUUCUUCUAGCCUGGGUUUGUGGAUUUGCUUCAAGAUUAUUUGCUGUUAUCAGAUUUGAGAGUAUAAUUCAUGAAUUCGACCCAUGGUUUAACUACAGAGCUACAGCUUAUAUGGUAGAACAUGGAUUCUACAACUUUCUUAAUUGGUUUGAUGAAAGAGCCUGGUAUCCACUGGGUAGAAUUGUGGGUGGUACAGUUUACCCCGGAUUGAUGAUAACUUCUGGCGGCAUACAUUAUGUACUACAUUUGCUAAAUAUCCCGGUCCACAUUCGGGAUAUUUGUGUUUUCCUUGCACCAAUUUUUAGUGGACUAACUGCAAUAUCUACGUAUUUGCUAACAAAAGAAUUGUGGAGUGUUGGAGCUGGUCUUUUCGCUGCAUGCUUUAUUGCAAUUGUUCCUGGUUACAUCAGUAGAUCAGUUGCUGGUAGUUAUGAUAAUGAAGGAAUCGCUAUAUUUGCCCUUCAAAUUACUUACUAUUUAUGGGUCAAAUCUGUUAAAACUGGUUCAGUCUUCUGGGCAUCUAUGGCUGCUCUAUCAUAUUUUUACAUGGUAUCAGCUUGGGGUGGAUAUGUCUUUAUUAUAAAUUUAAUACCCCUCCAUGUCUUUACUCUGCUAUUAAUGGGACGAUAUUCAAGUCGAUUGUUCACAAGUUAUACAGUUUUCUGUAUUCUUGGCUUAUUAUUCAGUAUGCAGAUUCCUUUUGUUGGUUUUCAACCAAUAAGGACGAGCGAACACAUGGCAGCUUUAGGUGUUUUCGCAUUGCUGAUUGCUGUCGGAGCUCUUAAGCAUCUUCAAUCAGUCCUUUCAAAAGCGGAAUUUAAAUAUUUUUUUAUUGUUGCCAGUAUAACCGCUGCCGCAGUCGUGUUUUUAAGCGUAGUCCUCUUAACUUAUGCUGGCUUUAUCGCUCCUUGGAGUGGAAGGUUUUAUUCCCUAUGGGACACUGGUUAUGCCAAAAUCCAUAUUCCUAUAAUUGCAUCAGUUUCUGAACAUCAACCGACUACUUGGUUUUCAUUUUUCUUUGAUCUUCAUAUAUUAGUUACCACAUUUCCUGUUGGAUUGUGGUACUGCAUCAAACACAUUAAUGACGAACGAGUUUUUGUUGUGUGGUACGCUAUAAGCGCAGUUUAUUUUGCUGGUGUAAUGGUACGCUUAAUGCUGACCCUGACUCCUGUCGUUUGUAUGCUAAGCGGCAUAGCAUUCUCCAGGCUGUUCGAAAUAUUUUUAAAAGAUGAUGAAAAUCCUUCAGGUCCUGAGAGUGACAGUGAGCCAGAGUCAUCCCCGACUCGUACUCUUCCCGAAAAGCCAACAAGGUUACGCAAAAACAAACACACUGAUCAAAGCAAGGAUAACGAAGGACUCGGAUCUAAUGUACGAAGUUUUGUUAUUGUUGGUAUACUCGCUACAUUGCUGAUGUUUGCGGUCCAUUGUACUUGGGUUACAAGCAACGCUUAUUCUAGUCCUAGCAUCGUGUUAGCAUCUUAUGCGCAAGACGGAUCUCGACAAAUCUUGGAUGACUUCCGAGAAGCAUAUUAUUGGCUUUCCCAGAACACUGAUAACGACGCAAGAGUUAUGAGUUGGUGGGAUUAUGGUUACCAAAUAGCUGGAAUGGCUAAUCGGACAACCCUCGUGGAUAACAAUACAUGGAACAACAGUCACAUUGCAUUGGUUGGCAAAGCUAUGUCUUCUACUGAACCCGAUGCUUACAAAAUUAUGAAAUCACUUGAUGUUGAUUAUGUUCUUGUCAUUUUUGGUGGUGUUAUCGGUUAUUCUGGCGAUGACAUCAACAAGUUCUUAUGGAUGGUGAGAAUCGCUGAAGGAGAACACCCGAAGGAUAUCAGGGAAAGUGAUUAUUUUACUGAUAGAGGUGAAUUCAGAGUUGAUGCGGAAGGAUCACCUACACUAUUGAAUUGUUUGAUGUACAAAUUGAGCUAUUACCGUUUCGGAGAACUUCAGCUUGAUUUCCGAAGUCCUCCUGGUUUUGACAGAACUAGAAAUGUUGUGAUUGGUAAUAAAAAUUUUGAUUUAACGUAUCUUGAAGAAGCAUACACUACUGAACACUGGUUGGUCAGAAUUUAUAGAGUAAAGAAUGAAAAUGAAUUCAAUCGUCCACGUAUUCCAGUGUCUUUAAGAAAAAUCAAGAGAACAGAUACAUUUAUUUCCAAGAAGACAUCUAGGAGGAAGAAGGGAUUAAUCAAGAACAGACCAGUUGUCAUACGAGGGAAGAAAUCCGUUAAGUCAUAGUAGAAAUCUUUGCACUGCUAGCAACAAACUCCGAUAAUUUGAUUUCAGUGACACAUUCAAAGUGCUGUGUUAAUAAUUAUAUAUUGCCUGACUACAAUAGAAUUAUAUUUAAAGAAGAAUUGAAGUUGAAAGACAAUAUUUAUUUUCAUCACAUCAUCAUAACAUUAUUAUUAUAUAUUUUUUUUUUAAAGAUUAUUUAUUUUGUAUCAUUUAAAAUUGUUACAAUCUAUUAUUUCAAUUAUAUAAAGAGCUCAAGUCAUUUUUAAUAAACUUUGUAUUAAAAAUAAAAAUAAAAAUUGUACCAAGACAUUUUUUAAUGAAAACAGUUGGAAUUAAAUUUUUAUUUUUUGAAAUUUACAAAGAAAAAAAAAAUAAAGCAAGAUAAAUUGUUAUGACAGUGGAUUUGGAGUUAAUUAUGUCAUGUGAUGAGCUUUUUAAUGUUAACAUCACACGACUAAUUUUGAUUGUUGUCUAUUCAAGAGAGAUUUCUCCUUUAUAAGUCUCCGAAAAAUUUAGUAAAUCAUAGUUGGGUUUAUACCAGUUUUUAGACUAUUAAUAUUCUGGGAAUCUUUAUCAGUUAUAUUUUUAAUAUAUAUAGUUAUUUAUUUAUAUUUAUAUUUGUUGAAGAUUUUUCUUUUCAUUUUUUCUAAUAAAUCUUCAUGAAUUUUGAAGCUAGUAGUUUUAAUAUCACCGUAAAAAAAAAUUAAUCAUGCAUCCUCUCUCAUUAAUAUUUUUUUUUUAUGGCAACAAGAAAAAAAGCUGAGUUCGAUCAAUCCCAGGUAUUUUUUUUUUCAAUUUAAUUAAGCUAUAUUUCAAACUAUUAGAACAUUUGGUGACUGAGUUAUAUUUGUAGUUCAAAUUAAUUUAAGGCAAAAUAAUGGUUCUAGUAAUAUUAGAAUAUAUUUAGUAAAUAAUGUUUUCACUGUUUUGUGAAUAGUCUUUCAUAAAAGUUAAUUUUUUUUUAUUUCUUUUUUUGAUAGUUUUCAAUGACAAACUGAUACGAAAAAUAUAACAAAAUCUGAAAACGAUCUGAAGUAAAGUACAUUCGGUAGUACAAAAGUACCAUUUCAAUAUAUCCUAAUUAAAGGAUAUGUCAUGUUACGGAAGGUUAAUGAUAGAAAUACUUUUAAAACUUUAUAGUCCAUACUUAAUAUUUUGAAAACAAACCAAACUAUAGUGCAAUAAAUUAUUUAUAGUGUACAUUGAGUGAAAAAAAAAAUUGUCAAUUUUAUUUGUAUUUUGAAGGGCCGAAUUACAGAGGGUGUAUAGCUAAAUUAUUAAAUAAUACAAUGAUAAUUGAUUUGAUAAUCUGUUGUUUAUUUUAUUUUUUCCUCAAUUUAUAUUAUUUUAUUUUAAUACAUUGUUUUAAAUUUACCUAGAUCUAGGAUUCUUAACCUUAUUUGUUUUGUGGACUCCUUCAACACUAUAAUUUAAAUAUAAGACCCUUUUUCUAUAUCAUUUUAUGUAUACACACACACAUUAUAUAUAUAUAUAUAUAUAUAUAUAUAUAU